GCGUAUUAUAAACAUUCAUUGUGAACAUUCAUAUAUUUAAAUUAUAUUCUUUUGAUCGAAUAUUAGGUAUAAAUAUAAAACAAUAUUAUUACAGUCUACAACAUUGUAGCGAGAAUUUAAUGAAAAAAAUUGCGAAAUGAGUACAGGGAUUACACAAAGUACCGGGAGUACCGGGAUUACCGGGAGUACCGGGAGUAUCGGGAAUACCGGGAGUGAAGUAAAGUAUAAAAAAGUUCUAGUAUGGGAAAGUAUCAUAGUUCUAGGGGCAUUUCAUGUCAUAAGUGCUUAUGCAGUGUGGCUUACUCUUUCAUUACAAAUAGGGUUGAAAACCUUGAUUUUCACAUGGGCAAUGGAAAUAGUUGCAAUUCUCGGAGCAACGGCAGGCUCACAUAGAUUAUGGUCUCACAAAGCGUUCAAAGCUAAAUGGCCACUGAAAUUGUUUUUGGCUGUAGCUCAGACCGUAGCUUUUCAAAAAACCAUAUUCGAAUGGGCUAGAGAUCAUAGAAUACAUCACAAAUAUACCGAUACUGAUGCCGAUCCUCAUAAUGUUAAAAGAGGAUUUUUCUUCGCUCACAUGGGUUGGCUUUUUGUUAGAAAACAUCCUGAUGUUAUCACAAAAGGAAAAACUAUUGAUUUAAGUGAUAUUUAUUCCGAUAAAAUCGUAAUGUUCCAAAGAAAAUACUACUUUCCAUUAGUGCUAGUUUUUUGCUUUGCUAUACCAACAUACAUUCCUAUGUAUUAUUGGGGAGAGACGUUUUCAAAAGCAUUCAGUAUGAAUGUUCUGAGAUACGUACUCGGUAUCAACAUAACAGGCUUAGUUAACAGUAUAGCACACAUGUGGGGAUACAGACCCUAUGACAAGAACAUAGCGCCGUCUGAGAGUUUGUUAUGUUCAUUAUUCACUUGCGGAGAAGGUUGGCACAAUUAUCAUCACGCUUUCCCAUCCGAUUACAAAACAGGAGAGUUAGGUUUCGGCGUUAUAAACUGGACUACCGGUUUCAUUGAUUUAAUGGCAAUUCUUGGCCUAGCUUAUGAUUUGAAAACGGCUUCCAAGGAAUUAAUACAAGCUAAAAUGACUAAUAGAGGUGACGGAACUACGUCGUACUUGCAUUGAAAUUAAAAACAUUGGAUAUACAAUUAUAGCAUAAAAAUAUAGCAACCAAAAAAGUGUGUUUUCAGUUUCGAUAUAGCCAGAUUUUUUGAUUUUUACAAAACAAUAAUUGUACAAUAAUCAUCAAGAUCGUGUACCAACUAACCAUAUGUGUGCGUUUA